GUACCAACACGCGUGUACGUACAUGUAUAUAUUAGUUUCUGUAACUGGACUCACCCGCAAUCUAUCAGACCGAGGGGUGCGCGGGGCGGCCGCGAGAACGUGAUCUGGAUUGGUUGUCGAUGUUUAAUUUCCCCCCGAUUUGUGGGGGCAAAUCUUGGAAGAAUCCGUCUUUCUCCUUCAGGGCCGCAGCAUAGAUUGACGGGAUAACGGGCGACGUGACCCCGGCAUCCCAUCGCCAGUGUGCUCACGUCAUAAUGUUUGAUGCGCUACAAUCACCUAAUUAUCAAAGAUAGGCGUACACAAGUGUUGAGCAAACUUCAUUGAUAUGCAAAUGAACCGACGUCCAGCCGACAAAUGACAACAUUGGGAGGUCACGUGGUGAGAAACUGUACAAGUGGCAGUGCAACUAUAGAUAAAGAAGACAACGGAGUUGUGAGGCGAUUGUCAGUCCAACUGCCUAUCAAGGGUGGCACAGGAAAACUCCUUGCAAAAAAGGUUCACCUUUCUUCUCUGAAUGCGGCUCAGAAAAAACCCUCCGUGUUUCUUCAGCCGAUGUUAGUUUACGGUCACCCGGCCGCUUCAUCGGUGAGCGGGAGCUAGCCAUGCUCGCUGAUUCCUUCGCCUGAGUGUUCCACGGGUGUUUGCACUGAAGCGCACACGAGUUUUACAGUCAGGGGGCCAGUAUUAACAACAUCACAGCGACCUCAACUGUGAAAGGCCGGCGUGUGUGGGGAUAACCUAAUUCUUCGGCGGUUUUUCUUCUGACUUGACAGUGCGGGAGGCCAGUUAAGUGUGACGCGCUGACUGUGUGUAUAGCUGGUUGGGCGACUCGACUGUCAAAAGACGGACGGGCCAGACAUCAGGUGGCCGCGGAGCCAUUACGUACCGGCGGCGACCGUGCCACGACAGCUCAACACGACGGGGUUAGCGUCGGAUCCGACCGGCGUAGACAUGACCGUGAGCUCCGCUAAUGCCAUGGAGGAGUCAAAGGUGAGCGCUCCGACCCAGCAGCAGCAGCAACAACAACAGCAGCUGCACCCACAGCCCCAGCCGCCGCAGCAACAGCACGAGGCGGGGAUCGUCAUCGGUGGGCCGGGAGUCGGCGGGUUCUACUGCCGUAAGGAUCCGCCGCCGGCCCCGGCGCGGCACACCAAAGACGCAGUGCAGAUUGAGCACUUCUCGGACAGUGAGAUGGUGGAUUCCGUCGACAAAGAGGAGUCGCCCGAACUACACGGUAAGGACACCGAGGACAUCGAGCUGGUAUCCGAGAAGCAGGCUGACGGAGACGCGUCGGGCGACGGUAAAAAGGCCAAAUCCAGCACCGUCAAGCCACCAUAUUCUUACAUCGCCCUCAUAACCAUGGCCAUCCUGCAGUCGCCGCAAAAGAGACUAACACUCAGCGGCAUCUGCGAGUUUAUCAUGAACAGAUUCCCCUACUACCGCGAGAAAUUUCCCAUUUGGCAGAACAGCAUACGACACAACCUGUCCCUCAAUGACUGCUUCAUCAAAAUUCCACGCGAGCCGGGCAACCCGGGCAAGGGCAACUACUGGACGCUGGACCCGGCCAGCGAGGACAUGUUCGACAACGGGUCUUUCCUCCGCAGGCGGAAACGCUACAAGCGCCAGGCGCCCGACCUAGGCCUCGGCCUGCGGGAACACUCUGCGUUCCUGGCCGGCAGCCCGUACGGCCACCACAUCAGCUACGGCCACCCCCACGCCAUGCUGCCCUACCACUACGUGUCGCCGUUGCCGCCGCCCGUGCCUCUGUCGCUCACCACCUCGGCGGCGCACAGCCUGCACAGCCAGGCGCUGAGCAGCCUCAUGUCGGCCGGCACCACGGCCGCGCCGGUCCGCUCCGGCUUCAGCAUCGAGAGCCUGAUCGGCAACGGCGGCAGUACGAACACGUCCAGCGUCAGCAGCACCAGCAUCAGCAGCAACAGCAGCCUCAACUCCCCCGUUAACAGCUUGCUGGCGUUCCGCCCGCCCACCAGCCUCCACUCAGCCCUCUCUCCUUUCAUCACAGCCGGGGCGGCCAGCGCGUUCACUGCCCCUGUGCCUUCGUCAUUUGACUUAGAAAAGUACAGACAAUGCUUGCAGUGCAAUGGCUUAGCGGGAACAACGUGUACUUGGCGCUGAUCGAGGAACUCCAACUAUACAUAAAUAUAUAUAAAGUAUAUCUAUAUAUAUUGAAACUAUAUUCGAAAUCUGGGACAGACUUUGCCAGGUAAGCGAACCGAAAAUACUUCAUCUGUAUUCCUGCACUCCCUGAACACGAACUGAAACGGAAAUGUCACUUAUUUACUGCCUCUCAUUCGAAGCUUGAGCUCAGCGAGGGUCCGUCCCCGUGGACAAACCGCGUGCCGCGAAUCAGCGCCUUCUGAGUGGAUCGUGGCGGGUGUUUGGACGCGUGGAGACCGCAGGGUGGUAGUGGAAGACACGGCAGACUCGUCUGUUGAAUGUCCCAUCCCCUGGCUGGCGCGUGUGAGCUCCUGGGUUUGACGGGGUCAACCAGCCAUUAAACACGGCUCUUCACGUGCGGAGGAAGAGAGAGAAAGAGGGGAAAAAUGGACUCAAGAAGCUCCCACGCCCGUGGAACAGUUUCAGCAUUCUCAGACAGUAUAAACUAGUAGGGUUGUGGGUUUUUGUUGAAUGUUGGCUGAAUGUGAACAACGGUACGUUUGCAAAGGACGGUGCUCCAGACUGUUUGGUCGGAUGCCAGAGAGUAGCCCGUUAAAACUGUGUAAGUCAAGCUGCCUUCUGCCUUUUAACAAACUUAACACACAGACAAAAGAGACUAGAUUAAAAUAGCUUUGGUGUGAACGUAUCUUUAUAAUCAGUAGUGGAACAUAAUUGUAGAGUUGUUUGUCCAGAGAAUGCACACACGAUCAUGCAAAAGAAGACUUCAUUGACCUGUAGUUGUAUUAUGUAAUGCGGUGUCCAAUCGCUAGUCACAAACUGUUAUGUAUGCUGUUGCCGCGGAUGUAAUGUUGACUAAUAGAAGACACUGGUCGGUUGUGCUUUGGUUUUGUCAACCAGCUUUUUUUUCUGUUCCCGUGUUCCGAAAGAAGAGAUAAACAAGAUGCCAUUUUUGUUUACUCUCUGUAUUUAUAAAUUGCCAGUCCCACAGACCGUGAGGAAUAACAUGGGACAAAAUAUUUGAAAGAGGGCAGACGAUCAUAAUAUUUUUACAGUUGCUAUACACAUCACUGGAGUACCAUUAAGUUCCUGAUACUCGAACCCAUUGCAGGCAGCCAAAUCAUCCAAUAAAAACGUUCUAAUCGCAUCAGUUUGACAAAAAAAAAGGAAAAAAAAAAGAAAAAAAAGCUUGCUCAUUCCAUUACUCGAACAAAUCAUCCAUUUAUUUUAGUGUCUGACAAAAGGGGACCAUCAGCCAGUGUUGUCCGAUGCAUUAUUGAUUGUCAGCACCGAACGAAACGUCGUCACACUCCUAGUCCAAAACCCUAAGAGCAUUUUUCUGUAUGUGUGGGGAAAAAACUAAUCUCAUUUGUUGCAUUUCUAAUUCCUCCAGUGCUUGGCUGCCAGUCGAAUGUAUUUUCAGAACGAUUUUUUUUAUUCUUCUGAAAGUGUACUUAUCCUUAAUGUCUAGUAAUCCUUGAUGGGAAACCCCAAAUCUAAAAAAAAACUAUUGUUUGUCGGUAUAAUCCGAAACUUGGCAACAGUUCUGGAAUGAAAUCACAGUUAUCUCUCUUAGAUGAAUGGGAGUACAUCUACAUCAAGGCUGUAUCAAGGCUGAUCCAAUCUGUAUCAGUCCAUCCGCGCUGCAUCAAAUCAAAAACUCAAGGCCAGACGAGUAGCAACAUUGAGCUGGAAGAAUAUCCUGUUUUGAAAAAUGGUGCAAAUUGAAACCUCAAAAAGUUAGACCUCUUCUUUUUUUUUCUUUUUUUUGGCAGCUUUUGCCUUUGGAAAGGCCAGUGGCAUUUUGAACCCAUAGCUUCUAGCCACGAUAGGACACUGAAACAACCAAUUAUUUUCCUUAAGAGGUGCUUUUGAUCUUAGUUUUCAUUAUCAUUAUCGAGACUUUAAUACAGUCGCUCCCUUUGUGGCUGGCCGCUGGGCAGUCGGCGCGGUUCUGGCCGCCGGACCCGCCCCUUCCAUUGGCCAAUGAAAAAUAAAGGUGGGAAAAACUCGGGUGUUGGAAGUUUCGGGUUUCAUGCACCGACUACUUGUGUGGGCCGCCCGCACCGAGCCCUGUGUUCCGCAUAGCCCCUGGCCCAGCCCAGGCCGCUCGGCACGGGCAGAGAGGUGCUACAGCGCGCCCUGUUAUGAGAUCUCGCAGGUGUUCUUCUCGCGUCGGCAACGCGAUCGCGACGCAAUCCGACCCCCGACGUUUCGUUCGGAAACACAAACCCUUGGACGUUCUCUAUUAAUAUUUUCUCGACACCCGAACGGCUAAUAGUUUCUCUCCCCACACCCCGUCACUCUGCAGAAUAGCUGUUGCACCCUGUCUGCAUGUAUGUCAGAGGGGAGAGCCGUAUCCGGAACCUGUAGCACUAUUUCAGGGAGCCAAUUUAAUUCUUCAGUAUUCACAGCCCUGCUUGAAGACAGAAAGAUAUUCAAUUUGCCCACAAACUAUUGCUUUGAGAAUUUAUCUCGCUGCUUUUUUCAUCAGAAGGACACUUUUAUUUCUUCUUCCAAAUUUAGCUCUGAUUUCUUUUCCGUAUGUUGAUGGAUUGAUGUAGUCGGGUGUGACAAAUGUGUGUUUUUUUUUCGAUUUGUAAUUUCCGUUUGUAAUUAAAGCUUGCGUACAUUUUACCAAAAAUGGCCCGAGUUUUCAAGGCCGGAUUUUUUUUUACAAGAAUUUUCUUUUUUUUUGCGGUCCGGGAUGCUAGGCCCGGUGGGCCAGUGUGUAACAUAUUGUGCAAUUAUUAACAUGUGAUAAAAAAAAACUACAAAAAAUACGAUUGUUGGCCAAUGUAUAUGAUAACACGAUGGUUGUGAAAAGGUUAUACGAGAAUUUGUAUGGAAACAAAAAUAAGACAAUGGGGACAUUUUCGUCUCCGAUAUGUGGAAAAAAGUAUGUGAGUCCCUUUUUUUGUCUUUGAUU